AUGGAAGCGAAAGAACAGAACGGUGAAUGGGUGCUCUCAUUCCGUGAUCAGCAGCACAAACUUAACACUGAACAAGACGCUGAAGAAUUAGCUGCUGCCAUAGAAAAUGCUCCUCAUGUUGAUGUGCUCGAACUGCAAGGUAAUACAAUUGGUGUGGGAGCGGGGCAGCGUCUUGCAGUGGCGUUGGAGCAUCAUCCUGAACUGAAGCUGUCACUAGUAUUUCCAACAUACUGUAGACGGUUGCAGCGUUCAUUUUGCGAUGCGAUGAUCCGAAGUGGCACUGCGCUUGUUGAACUCGAUCUUUCGGACAAUGCUUUCGGCCCAGUUGGCGCAGAAGGCAUUGAAAAAUUUUUGGAAAGUCCAUCGGCAUACUCUUUGGAAGUACUGAAAUUGAACAACAACGGAUUAGGCGCUGGCGGAAAGGUAAAUAAGACUGGUCUAUGCCUCUGGAUAGGAAUUGUCAGUUUUUGUUCAUUCUCCCAGUAG